GAUUUUAAUAAAUACGGCCUGGGCCUCUGCGGGGCCUCAUCCGAAACAAGCCCAGGGUCAGGACGGGGGCUGCUGCCUUGGAACCCAGGAUUCGCCCCCCAGACAGCUGUUGCGCGACGAAAGCGGGAUGAGUUCCAUUCUGGACGUCAAUACGCUCUACGAGAACCUGCUCAACCUGUCGCUGAGCGAAGAGCUGGACCUCUCGGGUCCCCAACUCUCCCGGCGCCACUCCGCCUGCUCCUCGGAUGUGGCCACCUCUUACGGCAGCAGCAGCGGGGAUCCUUCUCCCGUGUGGCCCUUGCGCAGCCACUGGAGCCCUAGCGUGGAGCAGCUUCGCCCCCUGGGAGACCCCCUCCGGCGCCCGCCGCUGCGCCCCGACCGCUCGGUGAGCCUCAUCGAGGGCAAGGCCGUCGCCCCACCGCCUCCGCCGGGCUUCCCUCCCCUCCGCCUGCCCUCCUUGACCUCCCCAACGCCGCUCUCCUCCUCGUCCCGCUACAAGACGGAGCUGUGCCGCACCUUCAGCGAGACGGGCAAGUGCAAGUACGGCGCCAAGUGCCAGUUUGCCCACGGGGCCGCUGAGCUGCGCUCCGUCAGCCGCCACCCCAAGUACAAGACGGAGCUGUGCCACAAGUUCUACCUCCACGGCGAGUGCCCUUACGGCGCCCGCUGCCACUUCAUCCACUCUCCGGAGGAGGCCCAGAUCCACUCGGCGUCCUCCUCGCCGCAACUCCUGCGCCAAAGUGUCAGCUACUCUGGAGUGCCGGCCGCCCGCCGGUCACCCCCGUUGCCCGGUAUCCCCGAUCCGUCCAACUUUGCCCGGGCGCCUUCCGUUUCACCUCCGCCGGCCUCUUCUGGCGAUCUCCUCUCCCCAACAUUUGGCCACCUGAACUCCGAUCCUCUGUCCUUCCUUUCCGGGCCGGUUUCUGGAGGGUGCUGCUCCUGCCGUUGCGGGAAGGCCGCCAACAUAAGCACCGCCUCGUUCCCGAAUCAUCGAGAUUUCUUCGCCGCCACCCCCGGGACCCCGACCACUGCGCCGUCCUCUCUCUUGCCAAGGACCCCGUCCUCCAACUCCCUCUCUGACCCGGAGUCCUACAGCAGCUCCAGCAGCCUCAGCGGCUCCGACUCGCCCGUGUUCGAUAUACAAGCCCCCGGCGGGCCCACAGCAAGCGGUGCCAAUCGCUUGCCCAUCUUCAACCGGAUCUCCGUCUCCGAGUGAGCUGGAUUCGGGUGGGGUUCUGUCCCCGUCGAGUUUUAAUUGUCCUGUCUGUCUAUAGUGGGCAAUCCUUUAAUAAACCAUCCUUCCCGGUCGAGGCCCAGGUGGUCUCUUCCGGUUAGUUUGGGUAUUUAAUGUCUCUAUAGGAUGAACCAACCUUCCCGGUCGGUGCCCAGGCGGCAUCUUUGGAGCAGGUCUUUUUCACGCCGAUUCCACUUUGUGGUCUUUUUCACGCCGAUUCCCAGCAGUGCACUUUGUGGCAGACCCGAAAUCGCGCAUUCCUGCCUUACGAGUCUCUGAGUGCCUUUGAGAAAACCCAAUUUGUUAUGUUUCUCCGAGAUUCAGUGCCUUAAGCAGGACUCUUAUUUCCCAAGAGAGGAAAAAUGUUCUAUGGCUCUGGUUUGCAAAGCAGUUGGCUUUUGGAGAAUGGACUAUAUUUUGCUUUUCCUCCAACGUGUUGCCCAAACUUUUCUUCCCAGCCCAGUAAUGGUUAGGCCCUCAAAACGUGCAGCUUUCCUUUAUCCUUUGGCACCAGCAAACGGAGAUUGCUAACCAAAAAAACACUUGCAAUUUCCUAUAUCCUGAUAAACAGAAAAAAAAACUUGGAAAGGUUCUGGCAGAGGAGAAGAAAUUGGAGAUAAAGUGGAGACGGAAUGGUUGAGCUACCCUGUUUCCCUGAAAAUAAGACAUCCCCAGAAAAUAAGACCUAGUAGAGGUUUUGCUGAAUUGCUAAAUAUAAGGCCUCCCCCGAAAGUAAGACCUAGCAAAGUUUUUGUUUAGAAGCAUGCAGGAUCAGUAAAUGUACAUGCCAUAGAUUGUUGUACAUGGAAAUAAAGGUAGUAACAAGAAAUAAUAAUAAUAAUAUUAUAAUAACUUUAUUCUUGUAUCCCACCUCCAUCUCCCAGAAAGGACUCAGGGCAGCUUACACAAGGAUAAGCCCAACAACAACAUAAAUUUACAUACGAACAGAAAUUUAAAACAGUAAUUUAAAAACAGUAUAGCGAUAAAAUAUAAUACAGAAAUUCUUGAAAGGAUUCACAGUUUGGUUAUGACGGUUUGUGAUGACAACUACUGUACAGUAGAUAAUACAUUUUCAUUUUUUAAAAAUUCAAUCAUAAAUGUGAAUUCUUCUUUGUGAAAAAAUAAGACAUCCCCUGAAAAUAAGACCUAGCGCCUCUUUGGGAGCAAAAAUUAAUAUAAGUAAUUAAAUGAUGAUGAUGAUGAUAAGACACUGUCUUAUUUUCGGGGAAACAGGUUAGUUGGAAACAAGUGAAUGUUAAUAUUCUUGUGCCAACCUCACCUAAGAAAUUUGAGAUUUAAACUAAACCUCCAUGAGUCUUACCUUGCAUCCCUUGCCCUGGUUGAUGGGAGAUGUAGUUUGGCAACAUUUGGAGACUUGCAUCAAUCCGACCCUGGUCUAAGCCAGUGAUUGACUUGGCCUUUUUUUUCCCCCGAUGAUAAAUGCCUAUAAAUACAGUAGAGUCUCACUUAUCCAACAUAAAUGGGCUGGCAGAAUGUUGAAUAAGCGAAUAUGUUGGAUAAUAAGGAGAGAUUAAGGAGAAGCGUAUUAAACACCAAAAUAGGUUAUGAUUUUACAAAGUAAGCACCAAAACAUCGUGUUAUACAACAAAUUUGACAGAAAACGUAGUUCAUUACACAUUAAUACUAUGUAGUAAUUACUGUAUUUACGAAUUUAUAUUGAAAACCUUGACUACAAAAAUGCGUUGGAUAAUCCAGAACGUUGGAUAAGUGAGACUCUACUGUACAAUGAAUUAACCAGGAUGUGGAAAGUGGUGAGGGAGAGGAGCUGGUCUCUUUCCCCCCCAGUGCCAAAUUCCUGGUAAAAAAACACACACAUUGGACUCUAGGUGCAUCUAUACUGUAGAUUUAAUGCUGUUUGACACCACUUUAAGUGCCAGGGCUCAAUAUUAUGGAAUCCAAAGAGUUUGGCAAAGAAGACUCGAAGCCUUGCAAAACUACAACUCCUAGACUCUCAUAACAUUGAGCCAUGGCAGUUUAAAGUGGAAUUAAACCACAUUCAUUCUACAGUGUAGAUGCCCUCCUUAGCUGCGCUGAAAGUGGCCAGAAAUGAAAACUAUUGUCUCUCCAUUUUAAUCUUUUAUUGUGCCGAAGCUUUGCAAAAACAAACCCAUGUCUCUAUGGGAAAACCAGGCAGCCUUUUUUUAAAUUUUUUACGAUGUAUGUAGCAUAUUUUUUGUUUUUUGUUUUUCUUUCUAUGGAGGCAGAAAAACUUAUGCAAAGUUUGGGAGGGAGGAAUUGGCAACACAUUACCAUUAAAUGGCUGUUUUUUUAAAACACACCUUGUUGCUCAUAGCAUACUGUGAAUCGAAACCCUCCUCUUCCUUUCUCUUUUAUCAAAGGGAUUUGAGAAUGUCGGGGUUGCCUUUUCUUUUGUUUUAAUUGACUGCAAAUUUCCAGAGGGGCAAAAAGAUUGGGGAGAGUUUGCAAUCCGAAAAUACAAAAUUUUUGCUUCGAUGAAUAGUUUUGCACUGGUGAACAUCACCAAUCAAUGUGACCAUAAUAAGUCACAAGAAAAGGGGGAGAAAACCGGUAAAGUCCGUCUUUUAUUUCCUUUUAUCAAUGAUAAAUAAAUCCAUGUCAGUGCUAACCCACUGCGUAAAAGUAAUUGCAGGAUUCCUAUGUGUAUGUAUUGUUUUUUCUGAUAAACCCUCCAUGUUUACUUUGUCGCCAGGCAAAGCAUGAAACCAAAACCUGAACUAUUUAUAGAUUCUUAUUUAUUCAGAUUUUAUAUGUAUUUAUCUUUUUCUAAUAUUCCAAGAUAAUAUAUAAUAUAAUAUAUAUAUAUAUAUAAAUGAAGACAUUGAUGUCUCUCUCUAUAUAUUGUGUGUGUGAAAUAUGAAAAAACAACAGUGUUUAUUAAAAAAAAUAAUUGAUUGUUUCGAGAAAAGGUUUUGCUUUGUCGUUUUUUCCUCUGUUCAAAAAUAAAAAGGACAAGUGUUUUUUUGGAAUUCCUUUUCUGUUCGAGAAUUGCCGAUGAGCAAUGGCGCAGCUGAUGAUUAUUAUUGAGAAUCAAUAAAUAUGAAGCUUUGGAAACAUA